AUAUGAAUUGGGGGAAAGAGUUGGGCGCAAAGAGUGUUAGUUACGUUACUAAUACUUACUUGUCUUGUAAUGUACAGAUACAGAUAGAUUUUAAUUUAAUUUAGGGGAAAAGAGAGAGAGAGAGAGAGAGAGAGCGAUUGGGUUUUCAAUUUGAACUUGUGUUUUUGUCAGCUCUUUUCUUUUCUUUCUGGGUGUUUUUGGGAUGGCCUCUUGUCUAGGAGUUGUAGGGCCCCGGCAUCCCCACCUUGUUGAGGCUAAUGUUAAAAACCCAAAAACAACAAGUACCAGUAUCAACCUCAGCUUCUCCAACAACCGUCAUCGCACUUUUCAACUGCUCCUUAAUUCCAGAAAUCGUUGCAGAGGGCCAACCAGAAUCUAUUACAAUUCUGAUGAUAAACAAUUACCACCACCACCACAACAACAACCAACUGGAAUUCAACUUUACUCCGAUAUUGAGAGAUUACUUACGGAGACCGUAAGGCAAUCACAAGCUGGUUGGAGCGGUUUUGGAGAUUGGAGUGAAGUGGAGGGAGCAUGGGUUCUGAAACCAAGAAACUCAACACCCAAGUCAGUUGUACAUUUUGUUGGUGGUAUAUUUGUUGGAGCUGCUCCUCAGCUUACCUACCGUAUGUUCCUUGAGCGGCUUUCAGAAAAGGGUAUAUUGGUGAUUGCAACUCCAUAUGCCAGUGGAUUUGAUCACUUCUAUAUUGCAGAUGAGGUCCAGUUCAAAUUUGAUAGGUGUUGUCGGUUUCUGCAAGAAACAAUACAAGAUCUUCCUACUUUUGGCAUUGGACAUUCUUUGGGAUCUGUCAUCCACCUUUUGAUUGGAUCAAGAUAUGCUGUUCAAAGAAGUGGAAAUGUGUUAAUGGCAUUCAACAACAAGGAGGCAAGCUUAGCUGUCCCUUUGUUCUCACCUGUUCUGGUACCAAUGGCCCAAAGCAUGGGACCGCUACUAUCACAAAUUGCAUCAUCACCAACAAUCCGCCUUGGGGCAGAGAUGACUUUAAAGCAAUUAGAAAACCUUAGCCCACCCAUUAUGAAGCAAGUUCUUCCUCUAGUUGAGCAACUCCCUCCUUUGUACAUGGACUUAGUUAAGGGAAGAGAAGAUUUCGUUCCAAAACCUGAAGAAACUCGAAAGCUUAUAAAGUCAUACUAUGGGAUUUCCAGGAAUCUUCUCGUAAAGUUCAAGGAUGAUUCAAUUGAUGAAACCUCGACACUAGCACAGGUGCUUAGUUCAGAGUCUGCCAUUAGUUCAAUGCUGGACAUGUCCAUACGCUUGUUGCCUGGUGAUCAUGGGCUUCCUUUGCAACAGGCUCUCCCAGAUGUUCCGCCAGCAAUGGCAAAUGCAGUCAACCGUGGAAGCGAACUUCUGGCAAAUUUGACUGUUGGGACUCCAUGGGAGACAGUAGCCAAAGAAGUAGGCAACACAUUAGGUGUAGACUCGACGAUACUUCGUGCAAACAUAUCAAAGGACGUCGACUUGCUUGUUGAUGUGAUCACAGCUUGGAUGGCUUCCAAUUCAGGUCCAAAACUUUUGAGGCCAUGAUGACUGAACAAAACCAAGCAAAACGCAAAGAGACAAAUAUUUUUAUACACGUCAAGUUCAGGGAAACUGAGACAAUGUUAGAGAAACGAUGUGGAUGUAUAGCAACCAUCUUGCUCAUUUUUCCCUGUUAAUGAUUCGGUGGCACAAGGAGUGCCCAACUGUCUUAUGAUAAAUGUAAAUAUGAAUUCCACAAAUCUGAAGUCACUGUACAAGGAUGCUAAGUUGUGACAAAAAUAAUAGUGUGAGUAAGGGACUAGAAUGAUUACUGUCA